GCGAGCUGCCAUUUUUGCAUCAUUCUUCCUGAUUAGUUGCGUUAAAGGAGACCACUUACGAGUCGCUCCACCUUGACGUUUACCGUUUUAUUAACCCCGCAGUCGUGCCGAGCAGGUAUUCUCCUCAGAUAUUGCAGAAGUUGUGUCAGUUAAACUCGGGCUAAAGCGUGGGGUAACUUGUAGUAAGCGGAUGGCUACUUAAGUUAGCUGUGGCUGGCUAAGCGUUAGCUACGGCUGUAAACAAACACUUGAGCAAACUGCUGUUCGCAAGCCAACUCAAAAGCUGCACGUUUGUUAUUUCCUCACAGCACUCACGUUGGUCAGUGGCAUUUAUGUGUUAUAACCCUGUUUUGCUCGAGUAGGUAGCGGAAGACAAUUCUUUUUUUUUUUUAAACAUUUUUUUUUUUAAUCUCGCGUGUACUUGCUUGAAGUGCAACUUUAGUUUUGAUGACAGUGCGGGUUUCCUCCAACUAACUGGGACCUCCGUCGGUUUAGAGAGGGGUCGUUGUGCUCCCAAGGAGACGCGCAGCAGCACACGGACAUGUCGUCGUUCUCCGAGACUGCCCUGGAGAAGAAGCUGUCGGAGCUGAGUAGCUCGCAGCAGAGCGUCCAGACUCUGUCCCUGUGGAUCAUUCACCACCGCAAACACUCGGGCCUCAUCGUCAAAGUUUGGCACAGGGAGCUGAAGAAAGCUAAAACCAACAGGAAGCUGACCUUCCUCUAUCUGGCCAAUGAUGUCAUCCAAAACAGCAAGAAGAAAGGACCCGAAUUCACCAAAGACUUUGAGACGGUCCUUAUUGAUGCCUGCUCUCAUGUUGCAAGUGAAGUUGACGAGAGUUGCAAAAAGCACAUGGAGAGACUCCUGAACAUCUGGAAGGAGCGCAACCUUUACAGAGGCGACUUCAUUCAGCAGCUCACCCUGGCCAUCGAAGACUCCAACAGCCCCCAACCUACAGUAGAAGAAAAGAAACCAGUGAAACGAACCUACCAGAAGAUCCAGCAAGAUGAAGAGGAGGAAGAGGACGACGACUACAGGAGCAUUAGCUCUCCUCGCAACACAGAUGCCUCUGCUAAUCAACUGACAGAGGAGCUGGUGAAAGCGCUACAGGACUUGGAGAACGCUGCAUCAGGUGACGCUGCUGUUCGACAGAAAAUCGCCUCAUUGCCGCAGGAAGUCCAAGAUGUCUCGCUACUGGAGAAAAUAACCGACAAGGAGGCAGCAGACAAGCUGUCCAAGACGGUGGACGAAGCGUGUUUGCUGCUGGCAGAGUACAAUGGCCGCCUGGCCGCAGAGCUGGAGGACCGCAGGCAGCUGGCACGCAUGCUGACCGACUACAUCGGCAGCCAGAAGGAGGCGCUGGUGGAAAGGGAGAAGAAGCUGGAGGAAUACAAGCAGAAGCUGGCCAGGGUGACACAGGUGAGGAAAGAGCUCAAGUCCCACAUCCAGAGUCUGCCCGACCUCUCCCUCCUUCCCAACGUGACCGGCGGUCUAGCCCCUCUUCCCUCGGCUGGUGACCUCUUUUCCACCGACUGAGUGGUGGAGUUCAGACCAGCUACCACCUCAUGUUCUCCCACACCCACCGUGCACCCUCAGCAUAACCAUAGCAGGCUGUGUUGCUGGCCAGGGCCUGAUGAGGUUAACACGUACCAGCAGGACAAGUGAGGGGUUGGAUCGUGGAAUCGAGGUCGGGACAAUAACAUUAGGUUUUGCAAAAUCGCAACUCUCUGCAGAGAGAACAGAGACUCUGUAAGCCUGGAUUUUCUCGCUUAGUGUCCACGCCACCAGCUUGGAGUUAGUUCUUUACUGUUUGUUUUUAUUAUUAUUUUUUUAUUUGUAAUGACAUGUAUGUGAAUAAAGAAGAAAGGCUUAGUUGACCGUAGUUACCAUUGUCAAGUGGCGUUCAUGGUGCUGUUUCUGUUACCUGGAUUCCGUAUGCUGAAUUGGCCUUAUUAGAGUUUGUGACUACACUGUGAUGAGAAUGUACCAUUGAUUAGUUGCAUUUGGGAGUUUUUGUUUUGUUUUAAAUUGUUCAGUUGGAGGUUAUAGCGACAGUGCUGUUGUGGCAGAUGAAAUCAUACCGAUAUGAUUUUUAACUACCAGUAACCAUUUUUCAGAUUUUUUUUUUUUUAAUUAUUAUUAUUAUUUUUAAUUUUCUUUUUAAUGUUUUUUUAUUGGGGGAAGUUUACGAGGAGUCUUUACUAUGGUCCACCAUUGCUUCAUUUUAUUGUAUGCAAUAAUUGGCAAUUUAGACUCAAAGAUAUGUGAAGGGAGUUUGACCUCCCAAAUAAGAAAAAUAUUCAAUGGCUCCCAUUAAGUUGUCCGAGUUUUGUCUACAGAGUCACAACGAAUGCAAUUGAUGGGAAUAAACUCAUAAUGUAGUUUCUGAA